GCGGGCGCGCCGGGGAGGGUGUCGGCAACAACUCGCGCUGUGUAUGGCCUAGCGCAGGCAGCUGACCUUUGAGGAGGAAAUCGCUGCUCCCGGCUCCUUCCUGUAGUAACAGCCGCCGCCGGAGCGCGGGCCCGCACGCUCGGGGAGCCGCGGGGUGCACAGCCCGCCCCGCAGACGGCUUGGCCGGGCCCUACCAGGUACGUGAACAUGGCAGGCUGGAUCCAGGCUCAGCAGCUGACGGGUGAUGCCCUGCGACAGAUGCAGGCGCUGUACGGCCAGCACUUCCCCAUCGAGGUGCGCCACUACCUGUCCCAGUGGAUCGAGAGUCAGCCCUGGGAUGCCAUCGACGUGGACAAUCCUCAGGACCAAGUCCAGGCCACCCAGCUUCUGGAGGGCCUGGUCCAGGAGCUGCAGAAGAAGGCGGAGCACCAGGUGGGGGAAGAUGGGUUCCUGCUGAAGAUCAAGCUGGGCCACUAUGCCACGCAGAUGCAGAACACGUACGACCGCUGCCCCAUGGAGCUGGUACGCUGUAUCCGACACAUCCUCUACAAUGAGCAGAGGCUGGUCCAAGAAGCCAACAAUGGCACCUCGCCUCCCAGCAUUCUCGCUGAUGCCAUGUCCCAGAAACACCUGCAGAUCAACCAGACAUUCGAGGAGCUGCGGCUGGUGACUCAAGACACGGAGAAUGAACUGAAGAAGCUGCAGCAGACUCAGGAGUAUUUCAUCAUCCAGUACCAGGAGAGCCUGAGGAUCCAGGCCCAGAGAGCCCAGCCGGGGCCGCUGAACCCCCAGGAACGCCUGAACCGGGAUACGGCGCUGCAGCAGAAGCAGGUGUCCCUGGAGGCCUGGCUGCAGCGGGAGGCACAGACGCUGCAACAGUAUCGAGUGGAGCUGGCCGAGAAGCACCAGAAGACUCUGCAGCUGCUGCGGAAGCAACAGACCAUCAUUCUGGAUGAUGAGCUGAUCCAGUGGAAGCGGCGGCAGCAGCUGGCGGGAAAUGGGGGUCCCCCUGAGGGCAGCCUGGACGUGCUGCAGUCCUGGUGUGAGAAGCUGGCAGAGAUCAUCUGGCAGAACCGGCAGCAGAUCCGCCGGGCUGAACACUUGUGCCAGCAGCUGCCCAUCCCCGGGCCUGUGGAGGAGAUGCUGGCCGAGGUCAACGCCACCAUCACGGACAUCAUCUCGGCCCUGGUCACCAGCACCUUCAUCAUCGAGAAGCAGCCCCCGCAGGUGCUGAAGACCCAGACCAAGUUUGCAGCCACCGUGCGGCUGCUGGUCGGGGGGAAGCUGAACGUGCACAUGAACCCGCCCCAGGUCAAGGCCACCAUCAUCAGCGAGCAGCAGGCCAAGUCGCUGCUCAAGAAUGAGAACACCCGCAAUGAGUGCAGCGGGGAGAUCUUGAACAACUGCUGCGUGAUGGAGUACCACCAGGCCACCGGCACCCUCAGCGCCCACUUCCGGAACAUGUCGCUCAAGAGAAUCAAGCGUGCUGACCGUCGGGGCGCAGAGUCGGUGACGGAGGAGAAAUUCACUGUCCUGUUUGAAUCCCAAUUCAGCGUGGGCAGCAACGAACUGGUGUUUCAAGUGAAGACCCUGUCCCUCCCCGUGGUGGUCAUUGUCCAUGGCAGCCAGGACCACAAUGCCACUGCCACAGUGCUGUGGGACAACGCAUUCUCUGAGCCGGGCAGGGUGCCCUUUGCCGUGCCCGACAAAGUGCUGUGGCCGCAGCUCUGUGAGGCGCUCAACAUGAAGUUCAAGGCUGAGGUGCAGAGCAACCGAGGCCUGACCAGCGAAAACCUGGUGUUCCUGGCACAGAAACUCUUCAACAGCAGCAGCAACCACCUGGAGGACUACAGCAGCAUGUCCGUGUCCUGGUCCCAGUUCAACAGGGAGAACCUGCCCGGCUGGAACUACACCUUCUGGCAGUGGUUCGACGGGGUCAUGGAGGUACUGAAGAAGCAUCACAAACCCCACUGGAACGACGGGGCCAUCCUCGGCUUCGUGAAUAAGCAACAGGCCCAUGACCUGCUCAUCAACAAGCCCGACGGCACCUUCCUGCUGCGCUUCAGCGACUCAGAGAUUGGAGGCAUCACCAUCGCCUGGAAGUUCGACUCCCCGGACCGCAAUCUGUGGAACCUGAAGCCAUUCACCACUCGGGACUUCUCCAUCCGAUCUUUGGCUGACCGGCUGGGGGACCUGAACUAUCUCAUCUAUGUGUUUCCUGACCGACCCAAGGAUGAGGUUUUUUCCAAGUACUAUACCCCAGUGCUUGCCAAAGCCGUGGACGGGUACGUGAAGCCACAGAUCAAGCAAGUGGUCCCUGAGUUUGUGAACGCCAGUGCAGACUCUGCGGGGGCCAACGCCACGUACAUGGAUUCGGCCCCCUCCCCUGCCGUGUGCCCCCCAGCUCACUAUAACAUGUACCCUCCGAACUCUGACUCCAUCCUGGACCAUGAAGGAGAGUUCGAUCUGGAUGAGACCAUGGACGUGGCGCGUCACGUGGAGGAACUGCUGCGGCGACCUGUGGACUGUCGCCCGGUGGAUGGGCUGCAUCCACGUCUUUCCCCACCUGCUGGCCUUUUCAGCUCGGCCCGGGGCUCGCUGUCCUGACUGUCCCAUCCCCUCCUUCCCGGGGCCAAUACUCUGUGUGAACUGAUGCCCGGGCUGUGAUUUCAGUGUUGCUGUGACACAUCACGCUUUCUGUGGGCAGCAUGAAUGUGUGUGUGUGUGUGUGUGUGUGUGUGUGUGUGUGUGUGUGUGUGCAGUGCUAAAUGGAUGGGCACAGCCCCCAGGUCCACCAGUGGUCCACCUAGCAGCUAUCCAGUGCUCCACCUAGGUGGCCCUAAUAGCCUUUUCUCCCCUAGCCCACUGGGUCUGUUUUUGAGGUAGCAGAGACAGGGCAAGGCCUCGUGGCAGGUGAGUCUGGGCCUGCCACGGAUCAGCAUUUAAUUGCAUGAAAUUCUGUUUAUUUGGGGACCACCCCAGCAAGUAUACUUAGGGUACUAUGAUGUGUAGGGAUGGGUAGGUGUCUCCCAGGGUCCCACAUAAAAAACACUCUCCCUGGUCCCAGAUAAUAUGUUAGUGAUUUUUUGUUAUUAUUUUGU